AGGAAAGAAGUAGGAGGUAGGACCCAGGACUGGACAGGGCACCAAAGUGAAGGGCGAGCCCAUUGCAGUCCACUACUUAGAACAGGUUCAGCCAUGGCUGUGGACAUUGCGGACCCCAAGAAUGGUUUCCGCCACUGCGAAGUGGUUGUGUUCAUCAAUGAAGAGGUGAUAAGGAAUGGCGGUGGUCCUGCCUUCUACCUGACUUUCCGUUCACGGCCAUGGAAGGAUAUAGAAGAUUGUCUGAGGUAUGUCAUAGCCGAUACCCACGUACCACGCACCAUCAAGAGGGCCUGCGCAUGGAGCGCUCUGGCCCUGGGCGUGAGGGUGGCUACCAGGCAACGAGAAAAGCAGUCGCGACGUGUCCAGCACCUGAACGACCAGGUAGAAGAGCAUGAGGCAGCGACCUGGACUUUGGCCACAGACUUACAACGGCUGCGUGAGGAGCGUGAUGAAGUGGUCUCUGAGCUUCGCAGUGCAAGAGACAACCUGAAGCAAGUCAUACACGAGUGUGGUAUGCUGCAUAAGAGGCUGAUUGAGUUCGAGCUGUCACAGAAACUCCUCGCUGAGUCACAAGAUACUGAGUAUCCAGGAACUCUGCCAUGGCAUCUAACUGUCAAAGAACAUAGAGAGGCUCUUGACACAGACUUGCAGAAUGAGCAAUAUGCCGUGUCCCGGAAGAAAGCCCCGAUGUCAUCCAUAACAGUUCUAGAAACUGUGAAUGAAGCUGAAGAAUUCCCAGCUUCCGGUGUGUGAAUCUUCAUGAAACGCCCUUCAGCAGCAGCCACCGCCUCAGUAAGACCUUAGCUAGCUGCUGCUACAAGCAACAUGAGGAACUGAGGAGAAGAAAGCAUACAGAUUUUGUUAGAACUUAAUCCGCUGACAUUGCAGAGUUCAAAGGGAUUCAAAGGCCAAUGUAAAAUUUUAGAG